UAGAGCAUAUCGUAUGUGAGCUCAGCCUGGCUGGGAUUUGAACAUAGCUGAUGGGUGUUGAAUUGAAUCCUGCUUGCAGUGGGACUCAUGGAGAGGGGGUUGGAACUGUUCUAUCCUGUCAACCUGCCCUCCCCUCUCCAUAUCAUUCUCCCCCAACCUAGAUGGGGCUCUCCUCAGGAGGUGUGAUCAGUGUCCCAUAAAGUGGUCCCAAUCCUGGACAUCCAGCGGGUCCAUCUUUCCAUUGCUUGGUUUUCUACACCAGUACUUCUCUGAUGGGGUCCACCCUCAACUCCUUAAUACUGGUAAACAUUGUUGGUAUGGCCGAUGUCCACACCUGCUCUCUCCCAUGCCUGCUCUGAGGUGUUCCUCAGGGAUCAGUAUUAGGACUGAUACUUUUCACAUUGUUUGUCAAUGAUUUAGAUAGUGGAUUUGAUGGCUUUGUGGCAAAGUCUGUGGAUGAUUUGAAGAUAGGUGGAGGGGUAGGUAGUGCUGAGAAAGCAAUGCGAUAAUUUCCUGAUUGGUCAGGGCAGCAAAGGAUAUGGUGAAGGGCAAGUGUAUGGGGUUGAUUGGGAUCUGGGAUCAGAUGAUGUAAUGGCAGAGUGGACUUGAUGGGCUGAAUGGCUUAACUCUGCUCUUAUGUCUUAUGGUCUUAUGAACUCAUUGUCUCUCUCUCUCCUACCCUCACUCUCUAUCCCCAUCAUCAUUCUCUCUGCUCACACACCCUUUCACUCUUUCUCUCUAUUGCAAUACCUCUGCUCUGCCUCCCCACCCCUCCACGCUCUCCCUAAACCCAUGCUCUCUCCGCAUCCCCUCCCCAUUAAACACUACCCCUACUCUCUUCCCAUCCUCACAUUCUCACCCCCACCUACACACUUUCUCCCCACCCACAAUUUUCAAAUCCACUCUCUUCCCAGACAAGCUCUUUCUCCCCAACAAACCCUCCCCAUGCCCACUACCUGAUCACUCCCAACUUCUAUUUCUCCAAAUCCCCUCUCCCUACCCCCACCCUCACACCACCCUGCUCUCUCCCCAUCCAUGCUCUUUCUCCCACCCUUACUUUCUCCCCAAUCCUGCUCUCCCUCCAAACCCCUGCUAACCCAUACCCCUGUGCUUUCCUCGUCUUUCCCUCCUGCUUUCUCUCCCUUCCCUUUUCUCUCCAUUUUCCACUUCACCUAUGUUUUCUUCUUCCUCAUGGUCUUUCUCACUGCCUGUGUCAUCUCUCCCUCUUCAUGGAGCCUCAGUCUCCCAUAUUGUGCCUCGUCGAUGAGGUGAAAUCUUAAUCCCCAGCCCAGUGACAUCACAAGCUGAAAAGCAGCUUCAAUGGAAACUGGAUCCACCUAAUCAAACCCAGCACAGAGAUGGCCAUGUCCCCUGGAACAGCACACCCAUCACUCACUACACGUUCACCUCAUUCUCAUCACAUUUCAUCUCUCCUUAACCCCAAUCUCUCUUCACCUUCUCUGAUCAUCCAUCUCUGCUCCUUCCAUUCCUCCUCUAUCCAUUCAACCCUCUUUCUGUACUCCCUCCUCUCUACAACCAUCUCUCCUCCUUCCAUCCUUUUUUCUUUCUCCCCUCUCCAUUCAUCAGUCUUUCUAUCCAUUCCCCCCAUCUCUCUCUCUCUCUCGCUCUAUCGAACCCUUCUUCCAACAUUUCUUCCUUCCCUCAGCUGCUCCUCCCAUGCUUCCAUAAUAGCUCCUCAUUUCCUGUCUCCAUUUAACUUUGUCCACCAACACCUCCAUCUACCUGUUCGUCUGUAUCUUCCUCUCUCUCGCUCUCCGGCUGUUCCUCUGCAAAUAUAAUUUCAAGAUACCAUCUCUCACCGUCAUUCCUUCUACCUAUAUAUCCAUCGGUUCUGUCUCCUUGCCUCCCCUUUCUGUCUCCAUUGGUCUUUUGGUCCAUUGGUCAUUUGUCACAUUCGCUCUCACUGGAUGUGCUCCUAGUUUGUCUCUCCCUCUAUCUACAUACUCUCUCUCCAUAUAUACUUGUCCACCCACUUUUACCCCAUCAUUAUUUUCAUCCUCUAUCUCCUCGAUGUCCAUUGUUCUCUCCAGCACUGCUGCCACCACCCACUCAUCCCCCGUCUGCCCUUCUUGCCACCUCCUCCUUCACUCUCACUGCUUCUGACCUAUGGGUCGACCUCUCUCUCUAAUUCCCCCGCGCAAGCAACGUAUUAAUUUUCUCGGUGCUGUGGUGUGAGCCGCGCUGGCUGGCUGCGCCGGGCAGCGCGAUCCUUUGCUCCUUCUUUCCUGGGCUCAGCUUCCUUUAUUUUUAGAAGUGUUGCUUUCUGCCCUGGGUCAUUUUCCUUAAUAUGGGUGUAUAGCUCCCUCGUCGUGAGGCAGCCUCCUUGCCAGACCCAGAAUCUCCACACCCAGCACAUUGCCACUGCUUCAGGCUGCAGCUGGCUUGACCAGGGUCUUGCUCUCCUCCUUGCAUCUCGGCGCAGUCCAAGCGUGUGGCUGAAGAUUUCCUGAGUUCCCGCUUUCUGCUUCCCCCAUCCGAGGCUGCCCCUAUCUCUAUCUCUGCUUCAGGGUUCUCUCUCUGUGCCCCCUCCCCAGAGCUCUCCAGCUGCACGAUGAGAUGCCCCUGGCUGCUCCUCCUGUCGGCCGCUACUCUCGCCCUGAGCCAGGCGGAGGAGGGCAUCAAAAUCCCUGAGUACGACGGCGAAGACCGGGUCAUCCACCUUUCCUCAAAGAACUAUAAGCAGGUCCUGAAGAAGUUUGACAUCCUCUGCCUGUAUUACCACGAGCCCGUAGGCGAUGACAAGGUCUCCGUGAAGCAGUUUGAAUGGGACGAGCUCACGCUGGAGUUGGCAGCACAGGUCUUGGAAGAUGAGAACAUUGGGUUUGGCUUGGUUGACGCAGAGGAGGAUGAGGCUGUUGCAAAGAAACUAGGUCUGGUUGAAGAAGGCAGUAUUUAUGUCUUCAAGGAGGAUAACGUGAUCGAAUACGAUGGCGAGCUGGCAGCUGACACUAUAGUGGAGUUCCUCCUGGAUGUUCUGGAAGACCCAGUGGAGAUGAUCGACGAUGAGGAUGAGCUAGAAACGUUUGAGGAUAAUGAGGAUGAAAUCAAGCUGGUUGGGUACUUCAAGAACGAAGACUCAGAACAGUUCAAAGCAUUUGAAGAGGCAGCAGAAGAAUUUCAACCCUAUAUUGCAUUCUAUGCCACUUUCAGUAAACGGGUGGCAAAUAACCUGGACCUUAAAAUGAACCAAGUUGACUUCUAUGAACCAUUUAUGGAUGAGCCAGAUACAAUUCCAGGAAAACCCUACACAGAGAAAGAAAUUGUCGAUUAUGUCAUUGAACAUAAAAGGGCUACUCUGCGGAAGCUGAAGCCUGACAGUAUGUACGAGACCUGGGAGGACGACAUCAAUGGGAUACACAUCGUGGCCUUUGCAGAGGAGGAUGACGCAGAUGGUUAUGAAUUCCUGGAGAUUCUGAAGGAAGUGGCAGAGGACAACACAGACAAUCCAGACCUCAGCAUCAUCUGGAUCGAUCCUGAAGACUUCCCUCUGCUGAAUCCAUACUGGGAGAAAACAUUCAACAUCGAUUUGUCCGAACCCCAGAUUGGCAUCGUCAAUGUCACUGACGCUGACAGCGUCUGGCUUGACAUGGAUGAGGAUGACCUGCCCAGCACCGAUGAGCUAGAGGACUGGAUUGAGGACGUACUUUCAGGCGAGAUCAACACAGAAGAUGAUGAUGAUGAUGAUGAUGACGAUGAUGAUGACGAUGACGACAACGAUGAUGAUGAUGAUGAUGACGACGACGACGACGAUGAUGAUGAUGAUGAUGAUGAUGAUGACGAUGAUUAAUCGCCAUCCAAUCAGCAGCCAUUGUUCAGUUGCAGGUGGAUGAGACUCUGGUCUGUCCCUGCAUCUCCACUCCUGGUGGGCGCCACCUGAUGAUUUUUUUCUAUCUGUAAAGCUCUUUAACUUAAUCUUUUUCUAUUGAGAAAUCAGCACGAAAAUCUCGUGGGAAUAGAGGUAAAGAGAAAGAAAAUAUAAACAAGACACUAAGAUAACAGACCAGUCUCUUUUUUGGGAAGCUGGGGAAAGGAGACUAACGUGACCCCUACACCUCACACAGCAUAUGAGCUAGAGGCUCUAUAAUCAAUACAAGGCUGAGCAAACAUCCAGUGAAUCCUGCAAACCUGGCUGAACAGGGCA